UAUUUUCACGUUCCAGACAGUGCUACUUUCAGCAUUUGCCCGGGGGGAGAGCAGCCUGCUGUGAAAUCCAGCUCCCUUCCUUGCUGGGACUUAAUGCCUGAUAUCAGCCAGUCACCGCUGGACACAUCCCUGCUUCAGAAACAGAUCUUGCUGGCCUUUUCUCCCUCGGCAGGUGCCGCCGGCUCCCAUUGCUGGAGCCUGCCGGCCAUAGUUAGACAAGAGUUUCCCAGACAGAGUGUAGCAGUGCCCUUCGGAAACUGCGGAGGAAAUGGCUUCUGCACCAGGGCAGUAGCACUGACAUAUCAAGAACACUUUGGAGUGACUUACUUAACCCUCUCGGAAGACCCUAGUCCUCGAAUAAUUUUCCACAACAGAUGUCCAGUAACAAUCCUUAUAAAGGAAAACAUCAAAGAUAUUCCAAAGUUUGAGGUUUAUUGCAGAAGAAUUCCUUCUGAGUGCUCAAUUCAUCAUGAACUAUAUCAUCAGAUUUCCAGUUAUCCAGACUGUAAGACCAAAGACUUACUUCCCAGCCUCUUCCUGAGAGUGGAAUCUCUGGAGGACGUAACAACGGAGUGGAGUGAUGCUGUCGACAUCAACAACCAGGGGACACAGGUUGUGUUCCUGACUGGCUUUGGCUAUGUAUAUGUGGACAUUGUCCUCCAGUGUGGCACGGUCUUCGUCACUGUGGCCCCAGAAGGAAAAGUGGGACCUAGUCUAACCGCUACCAAUAGGUAG